AUGUCGACGACACAGACGACCCCCGGCGACGGCACCACCGAGCCUUCAUCAGGUUCAGCGCGGUGGUCCGACCUCCCCGACGACCUCCUCGGCAAUGUCCACGUCAGGAUCGCCACCCUGCACGACCACGUGCGCCUCGCCGCCGUCUGCAGGUCGUGGCGCGCCGCCACGGCGCGGCUCCCGGCGCCGCCCGCCGUCCCGCUGCUGCUCGUCUCGCCGUGCAGCAACCGGUCCAGCGGGAGGAAGCACCUGUGCGGGCCCGACUACGCCUGGGUCACGCGCGUCCCGAGCAAGGUGGACAACAAGUUGUUCGUCGGCUCGCACGAUGGCGGCUGGGUCACCGCCUUCGACAACCGCGAGCUCACGCUCGUGAACCUCUUCUCCAGCGCCGAGAUGCCGGUGCGCGCACUGAGGCCAGGCCGUCUAAGGCAAAAUCCCAUCGCGAAAAUCAUCUUCUCCGACGCCCCUACCUCCUCCAACGGCUGCGUCCUCGCCGCCAUCACCGACGAUAGGCUCAACAUUGCAUUGUGGCAAAGUUGGCAAAGGCAGUGCCAGUGGGUGGACCGUGACAACUUGGCACAAGAAGAUGUUCGCGGACAUCGCCUUCUGCGACGGUGA